CCUUUAUUCGUCGUUUGCAGAAUUUUAUUGCUCUUAACACUGAGAACGACAAUUUGAGACUUUAUAGACAUUUAUUCGAUGUACAGUUUCUUUGUGAAGGAGGUCUAACUGUCGAUCGCAUGGCUCACAGACCCAAAUUUACGACAUUUGAUCCGCCUCCCCAGAUGGUUUUUCUACAGGUCGGAGGAAAUGACCAAGAUAAUAACAAGAUAGCCGUAGACACCUUAGUGAGGCAAAUCCAGAGUUAUGCUAAUUACUUAGUUCUGGGGUGUGGAGUGCGGCAUGUCGUUAUCGGCCAAAUACUGCGACGCAACAGGAGGGGCGAUUACAACUCCCGGGUUGUCGAGGCUAAUUGCUGUCUACAGAACUGGGCCUCCUCUCUUGACCAUAUCUCAUUUCACCAGCACCAUGGUUUCUGGAAGGACUUAUCAUUCCUGAGCAGAGAUGGCGUACACAUCAGGUGUUCCCGCACCGACAGCAGCCAGAUGAGAAAAUAUCUUCAAAGUGUAAAGAGGGCCGUCUUGCGAGCUUCUCGCUUCAUUGGCAAUGCCACCCAAGAAAAGGCAAGAGCCUGCAACUAGUGGGCAAACUCCUAAGAGACAGAGGAAACAAAAGUCGCAGAAUGACGAUUCGCUGCCCACGAUUGACUAUGACAAUCUGGCGGACGCCAUACUAAAGAAGUAGGGCCAAAUGACCGGAACAGACAGCAGGGAAAUUCCAGUAUCCCCUGGGCCCAGUAAAGACUCGGACAUGCCACAGCAAGCGCUUGUAGGGAAUAGUUUGCCUGACACAACUGACACAGCAGUGAAUACAAUCAAUGCUUCAGGUGCAGCCCAACAAUCAAGUUUCCUUCUUACUUUGGAUAAAAUCUUUGGGGGUGAGUCAAUUGUUGGUAGUUCAGUGGAUGAUGAUAAUGUUACACCACUGCAGUUAUCGGGGGGUUUACCAUUGGGGGCAACAAUUCCCUUGCGUGUUAAACAAAAAAUCUGGGCUAACCAGUAUAUCGACUUAAGAGUGUUACUGCCAGAACACAAACAGGAAACUGUGUCUGUACAAAUUGAUCAAGGAUCAAUCAAAUUAAAUGCCAAACAGUCAUUUAUCAAUGGACAAAUGCCUUUUUGACUUUCAUUUCAAUUUAUAUUGAGUCAAAUUCUCAGUCAGCCACAAAUUUGCUUAAGUACAUUUCAACAGUCCGCCACCUCCAUGCCUCCAAUGGUGAUUCAGCCUGGAGGUUAUAUGAUGAGCAGUUUAGGAAGUUGCGUGAGGUGUCAGACCUGCCUUGGCAACAACCCCUUAAUGAAAAAAUUAUAAGAGUAACGACAAUGCCAAAGUCACAUAACCAACAAUUUUCACGCAGCAGAACAUCAAACAAUCAGUCCUUUCGGGGUCCAAUCAGGUUUUGCUACACUUACAACAAUGGCCAACAAUGUACAUCAUCAAACUGCCCAUACAGACACAUAUGCUCAGUGUGCAAAGACACACAUCCCCGAAUUCAGUGCACAAAGCAAAAAUCAGACACUCAAAAUGCAACCAAUUUUCGACCCCAACGUCAAUCAGGAAAACCUAAAACUACCAACCCCAGUACAAGCACAUCUUCUUAAGCAUUACCUACAAGGUUAUGACCCUUUUCUUUCUCAUUACUUAGUUCAAGGUUUUACGUCUGGGUUCAGUUUAGGCUGUUCAGCAUAUCCAAAGCCACGUCUCUGUCGUAAUCAUUCAUCCACCACCCAACAUGCUGAUUAUGUUCUAGAUAAACUUCAAAAUGAAAUUGACUUAGGAAAAAUAGCUGGUCCUUACCCUUCCCGACCUUUUCAAAAUUUUGUUUGGUCCCCAUUGGGUGUAGUACCCAAGAGUACACAAGGGAAAUAUAGACUUCUACAUGAUCUUUCAUUCCCAUCAGCUGAUUCAGUAAAUUCUUACAUCUCAGAAGAGCAUUCAAAGAUCAAAUAUGAUACAAUUGAUACAAUCAUUUCCCUUGUACUGAAAUUUGGAAAAGGGUCACUGAUGACAAAAUCUGAUAUUGAAGAUGCUUUUCGAAUUAUUCCAUUGCACCCAGAUAGUUACCAUGCUUUGGGUUUAACAUGGGCAGGUCAGUAUUAUUUCGAUAAGUGUCUUCCCAUGGGGGCCAGCAGUUCUUGCAAAAUUUUUGAAUCAUUCAUUUCUGCUCUUCAGUGGAUUAUGGUAUCGAAAUUUAACUUACAGGGUAUGUCUCACAUGAUAGAUGAUUUCUUUUUUAUUGGACCUAAUAAUUCCAGUAAGUGCAUACAUGAUCUUGAAAAUUUCCUAGCUCUCUGUUCCACUUUAGGUGUGCCCAUCAAACGGGAUAAAACUGUCCUACCUUGUAAGGUUAUCACCAUUUAUGGCCUCGAAAUAGAUUCAGAAGCAAUGGAAUGUAGAUUACCAUCUGACAAACUUGAAAAGUAAAGACGUAUGUUAGAGAAUUUUUCUCACAGGAAAAAGGUGACCGUAAAGGAAUUGCAGUCCUUGUUAGGUUCCUUGAGUUUUGCUUCUUCUGUCAUAUGUCCAGGUCGAGCUUUCCUGUGCCGUUUAUUUGACCUUUUAUGUGGGCCUCAAAAGCCAUCUUAUUACAAAAAAAGACUCAAUAAAGAAGCCCGCGCAGACUUGCAUGCAUGGUCUAUAUUUAUCAACAAAUUUAAUGGGAAAUGCCUCAUUAAUAAUAACCAACAUAUUUCCUCUGAUAAUUUGCGCAUGUAUACAGAUGCAUCAGGAGUGAUUGGUUUUGCUGGGGUGUUUGGAGCGAAUUGGUUUGCUGGUAGAUGGCCAGCUGAAUGCAUGGACUAUCACAUUACUGUUAAGGAACUUUUUCCCAUUGUAUUAGCUCUUGAAAUUUGGGGUAGUACUUUAAGAAACAAAAAUGUCCUUUUCCUGACAGAUAAUGAAGCAGUAGCUUAUAUCAUUAAUCAUCAAUCCUCUAAAGACCAUACAAUUAUGCGCUUGGUGCGGCGCUUAGUCCUUACCUGUUUACAGUUUAAUGUAAGAUUUGA